UAUGCUCUAGGCACAGUGAUGGCUGCCACCAAGGCAGCCAAUGGGCUGCCCCAGCCUGGAGAUGAGUAUGACUUCCACCGCAGCUUCCCCGGGUUCCGCGCGUACUGCCGCACGCAGGGUGACCGCCUGCUCCGCUGCAUGAGCCAGGUGAUGCAGUACCACGGCUGCAGGAGCCUCAUGAAAGAUUCCAACAAAGUGACAGGGCUGGAAGAUAAAUUUGAUCUGCUGGUUGAUUCCAAUGACGUCAUUCUUGAACGAGUGAGUCUUUUGUUGGAUGAAGCAUCAGGAGUGAACAGAAACCAGCAGCCAGUCCUGCCAGCUGGGCUGCAGCCCCCACAGACAAUCAUCUCCAGCUGGAACCGUAAGGCAGGAGAAUUCCACAAGAGAAAUCAGUCUGAAACCUUCCGACUGCUUCAUGCCAAGAAUAUCUCUCGACCACAGCUUAAGUUUCGGGAAAAGAUUGACAAUUCCAACACUCCCUUUGUACCUAAACUUUUUAUCAAGCCAAAUGCUUUGAAACCUUUGCCUGAAGCCCUCACAAAAAGUGGACGGCAGCGAAAGGAGCGGCCUGAGGACUUGGAUGUGCCAGCUGCUUUGGCAGACUUCAUACAUCAGCAGAGGACCCAGAAAACUGAGCAAGACAUGUUUGCUCACCCUUACCAGUAUGAACUGGAGCAUUUUUCUCCACCAGAUGGAGUUCUCAAGAAACCAGAACUCCAGAUGUACAGGCCCAUCGAGGAAACACCCUUUCAUUUUAUCACCACGCUGGAUGGUCUGGUAGAACUAAAUGAAAAGCUUAUGAACUGUAAAGAAUUUGCCCUGGACUUAGAGCACCAUUCCUACAGGAGCUUCCUGGGCUUGACAUGCCUGAUGCAGAUUUCCACCCGAACAGAGGAUUUCAUUAUUGAUACUCUGGAACUUCGCAGCGACAUGUACAUCCUCAACGAGACCUUCACAGACCCUGCAAUUGUGAAGGUCCUUCAUGGUGCCGAUUCCGACGUGGAAUGGCUGCAGAGAGACUUUGGUCUGUACUUGGUGAACGUGUUUGAUACUCACCAAGCUGCUCGUGUCCUCAACCUUGGCAGACACUCUCUGGAGCACUUGCUCAAGCUGUACUGCAAUGUAGAUGCUGAGAAGAAGUACCAACUGGCUGACUGGAGGAUACGUCCUUUGCCAGAAGAAAUGAUCCAGUAUGCCCGUGAUGACACUCACUACUUGCUCUACAUCUAUGACAAAGUGAGGGAGUCGCUGUGGGAGAGAGGGAAUGAGCAGCCCACACAGCUGCAGGUUGUGUGGCAGCGCAGCAGGGACAUCUGCCUGAAGAAAUACAUCAAGCCCCUCUUUACAGAUGAAUCCUACACUGAGCUCUACAGGAGGCAGAAAAAACACCUCAACACCCAGCAGCUGGCAGCAUUUAGAUUGCUGUUUGCAUGGAGAGACAAGAUAGCACGUCAAGAGGACGAGAGCACAGGAUAUGUGUUACCAAAUCAUAUGCUGUUGAAGAUCUCAGAGGAGCUGCCCAAAGAACCCCAGGGCAUCAUUGCUUGCUGUAAUCCUGUCCCACCACUCGUUCGCCAGCAGAUUAAUGAAUUGCAUCUGCUCAUUCAGCAGGCCAGGGAGAUGCCUCUUGUCAAGGUAGGAGUAGCUUGCACCACACAGGAGACUCAUCACUGGCUUUCCCUAAGCCAGGGGCUGGAGCUGAGUGGUGACCUGUGA